CAUCCCGGCUGCCUCCGUUUGGGAUGACGAAACCCCGGCCACGGUUGCCUCAGAAGGCUCGGGAUGAGCGCAUCCCUUCGGCCGCACCUGUCCUUGGUGGGACAAGGUCCAGGACAGAUCCUUGUCCUGUUCCGGCCACUCGCCCGGCACGAGCUGUCGCCUCCUCCCCGCCCCGUCCCUGCUCCGCUGGGAUUUUUGGGCAGGGGAGGAUCAGCCCCGUGCGAUAAGAGCCACCCGACCCGCGAGGUGACGGGCAGGGGAGCUGGCUGAGGAUGCCAGGAUGAGAAAUCCGUGCUUGGAAUGGUGCCCGCAGCGCUCCUGCCUCGCACGCCAUCCCCUCUCCAUCACCCGGCUGCAGGAGGAGAGGGGGAUUCCCCGAGCCGUGCGAUCCGCAGGGAAAAAAACACCGGGCAGAAAGGAAAUAUUUGUGUCUGAAAAGGAGUAUUCCAUAUUUUUUAUCUCUUAAUCUGCAAACUGAUUUAUACAUCGCACGACACCAGGAUGGCAGAGCUCCUGUCGGAAAUCCCAGGAGAGGAGAGAUUUCCUACUGGGAGUUCUCUCCGGCGUCACCCUCCGGGGAGGGGGGACGGAGGGCGGGCAAAGUUCGGCUUCUAUAAAGUCAGGUCUGGUCCUCUUCAUUCAUUCCUCUGGCAGCACCGCCUUCAGCAGCGCGUCCAGCCUUUGCACGGGAAUUGGGAACAAAUCGUGCCCUGAAGCCGCCGCUUUCCUGCGGGAUGCUGAGGAGAGCGAUGCCCGACGUGGGGACCGCCCUCACCUGCCUGCAGCUCCUGCUGCUCCUCUCCGCCGUGGAUUCCCGGCCCCACACGUGGGACCAGGAGAGAUUCCAGCUAGAAAACAUCAAAAAGGGGAUCCUGGAGCGGCUGGGAAUGCCGGCUCCCCCCGUCAUCCGGCGGCAGCUGGACCAGGAGAGCAUCCAGAGAGCGCAGCGGAUCUACGAGCAGAAAGUGGCGGAGCUGCGGGGGAACCGGAGCCGGGAGGAGGAGGAGGAGGAGGAAGCCGUGUCCAGGACCCGGCGGCUGCACCGCCUGACCCCCACCUUGUCACGCUUGCUGGACAUCCCCGAGGGACAUCAGGACUCUCAAGGACACCGGGACACCCAAGGACACCGGGAACCCCCCGGUCCCCACCGCUACCACCUCCUGCUGUCCCGCACCGCGGAUUUUCACCGCCAGCUCCGGGUGGUGCAUGCGGAGCUCAAACUCUUCAAGCACUCGCUGUCCCUGCCCGGCGCCUCGGUGCCACCUCGGGUCACCAUCUACACCCUGCAGGGGGCUGAGGGGACCCCCCAGCUCCUGCGGAGCCAAGAGCUGGACCGGGAUUCUCAAAGCCUGGACCUGACAGAAGCCGUCCAGCCCUGGGUGGCCGGGCCCGAGGCCACGCUGCGCCUGGAGCUGGACUUCAACACCAACAUCUCGGCCGCCCUGGCCACCUCCUGGGGGGAAACGCUGGUGCUGGAGGUGGAAACUCAGGAAAAGCCGGCUCGGGCAGCCAGGAGAGCUCGGGGGCUGGAUGAGGAAUGCGGGAAGAGCGAUGGGAAGUGCUGCCUGAAGUCGCUGAAGGUUUCCUUCGAGGACAUCGGCUGGUCGGACUGGGUGAUCGCCCCCAGCAGUUACUACAUGAGGUUCUGCGAGGGUUCCUGCCCCCACAACUACAAACCGGCCAGCAUGCACGCCCAGAUCAAAUCCCGAGUGCAUUCCCUGUCCAAGGCCGCCCCUCCUCCCUGCUGUGUCCCUGCUGACUACGACCCCAUGGUGCUGAUGCACCUGGACAGCGAGGGCAGGCUGGUGUCCAGCCUCUUCGAGGACAUGCUGGUCACCAGCUGCCACUGUGCCUGAUGCCAGCUCCAGCCUGGAUGUGUCACCAUCCAGCUGGGGGCAAAGCCAUCCCCACUCCUGGCAACUCCAGAAUCUUAAA